AAAGAGAGAGAGAGAGAGAGAGAGAGAGAGAGAGAGAGAGAGUGGAAAGAGAGCGGGUGGAGGGACCAAGCUGCGUCUGGGUCAGCGCGGUCUGUCAUCUCAGACAAUCUAAGCGCGAGCAAGCAAACGAGAGCGAGUGUGUGUGUGUGAGAGAGAGAUUGUGUGUGUUUGUGUGCAUGUGCAUGCGUGAGUGUGUGUGAGAGACAUUGAGAGAGAGGGAGCGCAGCAGGAGCGCGGAGGUAGAGAUGUCAGAGGAUGUGGUUUUCCUGAGCUUGCAGAACACAAGCGCAGACAUAGUUUGAGCAUGACCUCAACACAGGCACGCAAAGUGAGAUCUCCACGAUCCGUUUAGCUCUUCGCAGGACCGUAAGCGGUGGGAUUUAGACAAAACAGAGCCACGGUGCAAAAAAAGUAAUCUCAGGAAGAACAGAUCACAGACUCUGGAGCUUUCAGGACUUCAUCUGGGAAUUUUGGAAUUUUUUUGAGCACACUUUCCAUCCUUCGAUCACUUCAUGCCGUUGGUGAACUUGGCAGAGAAGACCUUCUGUGAUCGCUGAGACUUCAGGGACCUGUGGAUCCACGACGACCGAGCAGGUUCAACGUGCACUCUGACAGCAGAUAUGGGUUGUGGGUUGAGGAAGAUCCGUCAGACGGACGACUGCAGUCCAGGGAAAAUCUACUCAACCCUCAAGAGACCACAGGUGGAGACCAAGAUAGGAGUCACUUACACGUACUGCAACGUGGACUUCCUGGUUGGAAAAGAAGAUGUGACGUCGACCCUGUGCUUGUCCUCGGUACGGGAGCUGCCAUCUCAGCUGCAGGACCUUUACCAGCAAGGCUUUGUCCUUAUUGCUGUCCAUCCCUUCGUCCACCCGUGUGGCCCGGAGCUUGCCAGCAUCCAGCGACAGCUUUAUCGAGCGGUGCUCAGCAAAGUACCCGAAAGUUCAGAGAAAAGUCCAUCAGAGUUCGAGCCGUACCAUCUGAAGCUAGAGGAGUGUUUGUCCGCUGAUCACAUCCCGACCCCGGAGCACAUCCAGGGAUAUGUCAAAAAACAGAUUCAGGAUGCAGCCGACCAGGGGAUCAUGUUUUCCGGUUUCAUUCAGGAACCAGCCGGCCUUCACCCUCGCGUCACGUCUCGAGGUGGCCUUGGAGAGGCGUCCCUGUCCCUGCACUCCAGUCCGAGUUCUCUGCGCUGCUCAGAGCUCACGGCGAGCCCGAGUCAUCAGGGCGAGAGCGGCACAGAGGACUGGGCCGCGGACGGAGACACGGAAGAGCCGAGAACUUCUCAAGAUACGGGUGGUGACGCUCUCUCAGACGUGAUGUCCAAUGUUUCCAAAUCGGAUUGUUGUGAUGCAGACCAGGAAGACUUACCGUCGCCCAACAACAAGGCCAAAGACAGGGAGGGGAACGAAAAUCUCAGUAGGCCCUCUUUAGGCAAAUGUGGUGCCGAACUCUUCGGCUUGUUUAACUACCCCGGUGGGCGUCAGCGGCCGCUGAAGUACUACACAGUAAAAGUGCCUCUACGGGUGCAGCCAGGUGAUGAGGGCAGUCGCGCCAUCGAGGCCCAAUGGCUGGACCACAUGACGCAGCACUUCAACAAUGGAGCCUCACUGGUCGACGGCUACUUCAGUCUAGGCAAAGAGAGCAACGAUCAGUUGCCGAAGGUCAUCGACAGCGUGUUUAUUUUCCAAGAGGGAGACUCCAGCACAAGUACAACCUACGACGCCAUUGUGGUCGAACAAUGGACCAUCAUUAACGGGGUCCAGGUGAAGACGGAUUACAUCCCACUGCUGCAGUCUCUGGCUUCUUUCGGAUGGAGGCUCACCUGCGUUCUGCCCACACCCAUCGUCAAGACAAACAGUGAUGGAAGCGUGUCCACUAAACAGAUCGUGUUCUUCCAGAGACCAACGUUGCCCCUCAAGAGGAGACACUCCAAGAAAAUCAUCUUCAGAACCCGAAAGAACUCGAGCAAGAGCUCGGUCAAAGACACGCUGAAAAACAAGAAGAAGAAGAACGCAACAGAAAAGGAGCCAGAUGAUCAGAAGAUCCAGGAUGGAGUGGGAAAGGAGGGCAAAGAGAAUGCAGAGACAGCAAAUGAGAAUAGUGGCGAAAACAAUGGAGAGGGAGACAACGAUGAGACGGAGAUAGAUGGAAAGACGACGCAGAAAGAGCAAGCAGAUCAGGACGAAAACGAUGAGAAAGUGGAGGAGGUGGAGGCGGAUGUGAGGAGGGAGAUGGAUGGGAAAAAAUCAACUAAUGUCAAGCAAGAAGAGGCAGAUAGAGAUGAGAUAGAGACACUUUCUGAUGUGAAAAAUGAAGUGAUGGAAGGUGAAGAGGUGGAGAAAUGUGGAGAGGAAACCUACCAUCUGCAUAAUGGUUUGGAUGAGCAAGAGCCAUCAACCAAUGAGGUGCAAGAUUUGACCAAUCAGAAGCAAGACCUUUGUUAAUCCCGCCUCUGUUGCCAUGAACGUCACGCAAAAACCUUUUCGUAAUCUGAGAUGAACGCUUCAUACUGCGUCUGAGCUUCUUUUUAGUAUAAGCACUGGAUUUUAAGACCCCAUGAGAUAUGUAUGAUGUAUAUAAAGAGCUCAAGUCUGGCAACACUUUUUCUUCAACUUGUGCUCAACUUGUUUGCUUGCAGCAGAUGCAUCCGGUAGACUUAAAGAAUGGCGGAGACCAUUUUUGCGAAAGGCAAUCUGUUCUGAAGAAGAUAUCACUUCCUUUUGUUUACAUGUCUGAAUAUGAACACUGAGUCACCAUUUUACAAGGUUCUGCAACUUUCUAGCCACAACCAGUGACCAGCUUAUCAGGUGUUUACCUUAUAACUUUAUAAGAAUUAGAUUUUGAAUGGGACACCAGUCCACGAACCAAGAAUUACCAACAUCAAUUAAAUCACCAGUAAAUUACAUUCUAUUGCACCUUCAGAGACUUUGUAGGAUAUCCAUUUAACCAUUUAUACAACCAUCAAAUACACGUACAACCAGUGACUGAUCCCAAGGUUUCCUAUUAGGACAACUUAUAUGGUGAGAUCUGGUCUAACAAACCAUUAAAAAAACAAUGUGAACCAUUAUGAGCCAUUACAAAACAACAGAAACCUGAUCAGACUCUUUCCACACAUCAUCAGAUCAUCAAAAGGUCCGUGACUGACCAAAUAUUACUUAGGUGGUCGUUUAGUGAUUGUGUUGAUUUAAUACACUUUAUAUAAUAAAUAAAAUCCAUUAGAAAACCAUAAACCUAUUAGACCUAUUAUUGUCCCACAUGAUUUAAUUCUAGGACCACAUACAUUGUGAUAUUUUUGUAUUUUGUGCUAUUACAAACCAAUACAAAUCACUGUAAACCUACAGCAAACUGAUCAACCUCACUCACACCAUCUGACCAGCCCAAAUCUACCCUAUUUUAACCAGCCCCACUCCACCCCAUUUGACCAGUCCCACUCCACCCCAUUUGAGAAGCUCCACUCUACUCUAUUUGACCAGCCCCACUAUAUCCCCUUAUAAAUGAAAAGAUAUUGCCACAAGACCACUACUGACCAGAUAUUACGUAAAAACGGUCUAUGGUAGGAGUGUUAGGCAUGUCUGUGCUAGCUGUAAACCGUACCUGAUAAAAUGGACAAUUGUUGUAGCUAAAAUUCAGACGAUGUACCUGAUAAGCUGGCAAAUCAGUGUAUGCGCUGAUGCUCCUAAAAUGCACACUGAGCAAGGCAAUGUUUUGAGCUGUCAGCAUUAGAGGAACAUCUUUGAUGCCAGCCGAACAAAGUGUUUCAUAUUUACAGACAAUCUACGCUGACUCUGCAACAGAGUUGUUGUUUUUUUUCUUUUUCUUUUGGUGUAUUUCUGACUCACCGAGGUAAUGAAUGUCAAAUUCCCCCCGAUGUCUGCAAAAUCUUCAGAAACCAAAAUGAACAGCUCUCAAGAGCAUGACAGACAAAUGAGGUCCUAAUCCUCUCUACCACAAAGCAACUGUUACCACAUGUGCAGCAUCUAUUUUCAUGCACCUAAACUAAACUGUCAGUGACCUUUGGAGCAUCACAGGAUAAGGACGCACCUAUUAGCUGAAUGUCACGACCGCUCAUUUAUUUGUAACGAACGCUGGGAGUUUCGUUCGUCUCUCGAUCCAUAAUUUAUUUUACACCCUGACAGCAGACGUACGGCGUCGUAGGACUCAAAGUGUGAAUUUCUGUCCGUGUUAAAGAUGUUCCGAUUUCAAAGGAAGAGCUCUUGUCAAGGGUGUUUGAAGCCGGCACUGCGCUCCUGCCAGUCUCGGCUGAGUGGAUUAUGAUAAAAAAUGACAGGGAGAAGAAUUUUAGCGAUCACAUGAUGCUGACUGCAACUUCCCGGACAAAGAUUAAGCUCGGGAGUCGAAACGAUUUUCCACAGAGAAUCACCAGUGACGCUACCGAUUAGCAGAAGACUUAAUCUGUGCUCGGGAAACUGGCCAAGCUAGUGUUUUUAAAGCCUGUUAUUUCGUGUGGUUUGGUGAGGGGAACAGAAUAACAGAUAAAUGAGUGUGGAUUGUGGGCUGGCGCUGUUUGCCUGCAGUAAUUUGGCUUCUUUCGUCCUCGCGGUUCGGCGUUUUUUUCCACGUUUGGUUCAUUUCUAUUGAGAUGUGAUGCGUUUCAUUUUUUCACUUUCCAGUCUCGCUUUUUGAACAAGCUGAGGAGUAACAUGAGUUAUAGCACAUACACAAGGGUUAAAGACGAAAAGGAACCGCACCGUUGUAUAGUAUCAUAGCAUUGUUUAGCAUUGAAACUCAACAUUAUACUUAAAGUGACUUAAAGACAUGAAAGAAGGAAAAGAAACUGUUUUAGAAGACUGAAAAACACAAGAAAUUGCUGAGGAAAAAUAUAUAUAAUUAUACCAGCAAGUGAUAAUUCUUACAUCAGUUCCAUACAUUAUCUAUGUAUUUAAAUACAGCUAAAAUGUGCCUUAUACAGAUAUAGACAAAUUUCUAGACCAGAUUUUGCGUUUUUUUUUUUUGUUGUUGUUGUUCUUGUUUUGUUUUUUUUUUUAUUUUAUUUACAGUGUACAAGAAGUUUAAACAACCAGAGAAAUAAAUCAUUAUAUCACUAUUUCAUAAUGACUUUCUUAAAACAGACGCUUUAAUUUUUAAGUGUAGUUCGCUCUACUCUCUAAAUCUGUAGCUACACACAUCAGCCGAUCUAUUUAAGAGAACAAUUUUUGCAAGUCAGAUGAAUUAGUAAGUAAUGAAGUACAUGGAGAGAGAUGGAAUCUAAAUAAAAUUUGGUGUAAAGCUGUUUCAUAACUCGCAUAAUACAUUAAUAUACAACUUAAAGAUAGAGAAAAUAAUAACUAGCAUGACAAAACUCAGCUGUUUUUUGAGCGAGCAAACACGACGUACAGCAUCAGAAAUUUUGUCAGUAGCUAACGAUCGUACAAAUAUAACGUUACGUUAGUAUAACGAUCCCUUUAGGAUUUCAGAUUUUCAAUUGGAUCUUGACAUUUUUCAAAAAGAUGCAGAUAUUUUUCAGAUAUUUGUUGAUUUCACACAUUCAAGUAGUCUUUUGCAACAGAAGCAAAAAAAUUCCCGAAUAUUUAGAAAAAAAAAACUGCAACAAUCACAAAAAACUCCUAAAAAUCCAGAAAAAAAUGGAAAAUCCGUUAGCUUUCACUGUUGAAACUGUCAAGUCAAUUUGCUUUCCAGGUAAAAGAAAUCAUUCUUUCUUCAAAAGAGUUCUUCUUAAGUGCUGAUGAUUUCUGAUUUGUUCAUCCCUGCUUCUGAUUUUUUGACAAAAUUAUUGCAUUUCAAAAUAUUAUACAUUUCUAUUUAUAUUUUAUUAAACAUCCCAACUGGCUAAAACGAAGCCUUUUUUCAGUUUCGCAAACCCUUUUUCGUCUUUGACCCAUAUAUAAACAUAAACAUUGAUAUUUUUAUUAUCAGCCUAAACAAAGCAGAGACUUUGUUCACGUGAAGGUUUCCGUUAAUGCUAAGUGACCUUUUUUCUUGUGUCUUUUGAUGGAGCAACGUAGCUCGAUGGGACGUUAUUAUCAUCGUCACGUGAUGCCGUUAUUGUCUCUCAGGAUGUUUAUAAUUACCAAACCGAAAAAAAAAACAUUCCGUACUCAUCCUGGUCUUUUCAUCCGCUCGUCUUUUUAAUACUGAACUGAUAAUUGUUAUGUUCUUCUGACAGGUGGUUAAGUGUACUUUGUGUUCUGCCGCUGUUUCGUCUGCCGCGUGUGUAAUUCAGGUUGUCACUCACACACUUUGUCUGUAGUGCUGAGAUAAGAUUCGUUAACGUCGAUGAGCAGUCAGGUUUUCCAGCGCUCUGUGAAUCCUGACUACCUGAAUGCUGAAUGGGCCUUAACCAAAAUACGCCAUUGCUUCGUAGAUGCUGGACGUCAAAAGGGACGAACGUGUUUUUAGACGAUAAAUGGUUUGUGUCUGCUCGGUGUAAAACAUACAUACUGCCUCCAGGGUUUUGUCAUUUGUUAUGCGUACAUGAAUACAGUAGUGACCCUGCCGACUUUCCAUAAAGGCGCUUUUUCAUCUUGGUCGAUUCCUUCGCCUGCAAACAAGUCGGGAAAAAAACAAACAUAGGAGACGAAGCCUAGUGACAUUUACUCCCGCUGUGGCUAAUGGACUACUCGACCCCCGUCUGGAAUGUUCUUGCCCCUUGUGGACAGAGCUAAUAUGCACUUUGCUCGUUUUCUACACAACCUUUUCAUGUGUCAAAAACUGCAGCGGUGCAGAGAGAGGUCAUUACGCAUAACAACCCGUGGUUCCUUCAAUCCAUUUCCUGUUUGCUUUGUUUCCUGGUGUGCUAAAAGGGGACCAAGGCUCAAAGGCCGUAGGAGGUUUUGUCUGUUUUUGGUCUCUGUAUGAAAAAAACAUGUUAAUCUUUUAAAAAAAUGCAUUUUGGAAGUUUGCUUUUUUUUUUUAAAAAAAUAUGAUUAACAUUAUUGUUGUCUAUCGCAGCUGUUUGUAUAGCAUUGUCUCCAUAAGUGCAGCCUGUAACUAAUUGGACAUGAUUCCUUAAUUUUUAUUUUUUUAUUUUCUGACACACUGGAUUUGUAAAAUAAUAAUGACUAUGAGAUAAAAGAGCAGACAGUCAGCUUUAAUUAAAGGGUAUUUAUAUCUCCAUUAGGUGUGAGUUGAGUAUUCAGUUGGCUUCUUUUCACAGCCAGUGUGGAGCUAAGUAACAAAAAACAGCCUCAGCGUCCAAGUAUUUACAGUCUGCCGUGUAUGUUAACGUCCCCUGUACAAUUUGUAUAUUAUAAAUAUGAUUUAUUUUGGUUUGCGUUUGAGUAAAUAUGACAUAAAUAUUCUAAAUAUGCUUAAUGUA